UGCUAGGCUUCGCUCGGCGUGAAAGGUCUCCCAUAAGAUUGAGGUUGUGAAGAUGAGAAAAGAUGUGAAGAAGGCCAGGGUCCUGGCUAUUCGCAGACUAACCAGGCACAUUGGGAAAUUAAAGUUGAAAAAGGGUUCAGAAGACUUGGUGUUAAAGAACCAAAAAAGAGCUGAGAGAUUGAUAGAAGAAAUCCAUGCCAUGAAGGAAUUAAAGCCAGAUCAGGUUACCAGACUUGCUCUUAGGAAAGAAGUUAACUUUGAAAGUGUCUGCAGAAAGCCAAAUUCUACCGCGACUGAGCGAGCCAUUGCAAGACUUGCAACACACCCCAUCUUGAAAUCCAGAAUUGCUGACCUCAAAGCUGCUGUAAAAGCUUUUAAGGAUGCAAGAAAGAAACCGGCCAAAACCCAUCUUUCAAUAAAGGAUAAAUCAGAAGAACACCUCAAGUCGGCACAACAUCGCAAUAGUGAUGUGGGUGACCAAGUUCUUAAAGUAGUUCAAAAACAGCAAGGAUGUGAAGACAAAACAAAAAUGAGUAUGAAAAUAGGAACUAACACAGAGAAUGAAGAACUUUGUGAGAGUGAUUAUGAGCAGAAAAUUGUGGAGAGUGAGAAAGCUUAUGCUCCAAAACAAUCUUCAUUACAGGCAGUAGAAGGGCAAGCAGUUGCUCAGAAUAAAAUAGGGAAGAAAUUUGAUCCUCCAGAAAGGAAAAAAACUAUAAGCAUGAACAAAUUCACUGCAAAAAAAGAAUCAGUCAGUGGUGCUAGAGACCUGGGACAACUUAACGAAGAGGAGUACUUUGAUGAUAGUACUGAAGAGAGGUUUUAUAAUCAGACGUCGGACUCUGACAGUGAUAGCAAUGAUGAUUUCUUCAUUGGCAAAGUAAAAAGAAAGAAAAAGAUAGCAGCAGUUUGUGACUUUUCUUCAAUAAAUGAGAAAAGCAAACUGCAGAAAAAAGUCCCGAAGAAAGAAAAGAACACAACGCCUAGGACAGUGCAAGAUUUGAUUGGAGAAGAAGGAAAGCCGCAUGCCAAAGCAAGGAAGCUAGAAUCAGUGUUCUGCAGUUCUCUGUCUACCCCUAAUCAGAAAUCCCAAAAUAGAAGAAAUGCUGAAGACCAGCCUCUCAAAAACAGAAGAACAGCUUUUCCUAAAAAGGAACCGCAGCUCAAGAAACAUCAAUUUGCUGAAGCUGCAGGUACUAAAGGCAAAAAUAAAAAAGCAUGUUUGGAGCAGCCUCUUCAUCCUUCGUGGGAAGCAAGCAAGAAACGUCGGGAACAAAUGUCUCAAAUUACAGCAUUCCAAGGGAAAAGGAUUAAAUUUGAUGACUAGACUUCAUAUAAAAUCAGAUUUUAAAAGAAGAUUCAUGUGUAUUUGCCUCUGGUGGUAUUUUCUUACGAAGUAACAACUGGUGUUUUUGAUCCCCUUUUUUUAAUUGUUUCCCCACUGAUAAAAAAUGGCAGGCAGACUAGAAAUCUUCACUGAGAUAGUAUUUUCCAAGUCUUAAGAAUUCAUGGGUGUUUUAAAUUCAUAUUUAGAUGUCUUUAAAUUAUUUUCAUUAAACUGUCCUUAUCCUUUGAAGCCUGUGAAAUAAUAUUUUGAAAGCCUUGUUGCUAGAGCUAAUCAUCUGUUUCUAAUGAAGAUUAACUAAAUGAGCCAGUGUGCUAUCUUGACUGAUAUGAGGUUGCGUGAUGUUAGUUACGUAGUCUGGCCGUUAAUGAAAUGCGUCCUAACAUGCAUUAGUGUUUUGAAGAACAUCAUGUAUGGCCUCUAAGGGUAGUACAGCUUCUCUGGAGUUUUGGUUGAGUAAAAAAUAUACUUAAGACUAUUUGAUGACUUGGAUUUAAGGAGAGGGAGGAGAAGGCAAAAUAUUUCAUUGCUACUGAAGAAAUAAUCCUAAUAUAUUAUCAAAUACAUCUCAGCUGAGAAAAGGUAAGAAAUCGUUUAAACUUGAAUAGACAUCGUAAAUUCAUACAUUUGUGAGGUAGCUAAUAUUCUAGAUAUCAAUAAAAUAUUGGCCUGUA